CACGAUUUACACGAACUCCCGUGGAUCAGACUGGAGUAUCUGGCGGAGUUGCCUCUUUUAUUUGCCAAGCUACAGGAGACCCAAGACCAAAAAUUGUCUGGAACAAAAAAGGAAAAAAAGUCAGCAACCAGAGAUUUGAGGUAAUAGAGUUUGACGAUGGAUCGGGAUCAGUUCUCAGAAUACAACCCUUACGGACCCCUCGCGAUGAGGCCAUUUAUGAAUGUGUGGCCUCGAAUAAUGUGGGAGAAAUAAGUGUGUCCACCAGACUCACCGUUUUACGUGAGGAUCAAAUUCCCAGGGGCUUCCCAACCAUUGACAUGGGCCCACAGUUGAAGGUGGUAGAGCGCACGCGCACUGCCACCAUGCUUUGUGCAGCCAGUGGGAAUCCAGAUCCGGAAAUCACGUGGUUCAAAGACUUCUUACCUGUUGACACGAGCAACAACAACGGCCGCAUUAAGCAGCUACGAUCAGAAUCUAUUGGUGGUACACCAAUAAGAGGCGCCCUUCAGAUCGAACAGAGUGAAGAGUCUGACCAAGGAAAAUAUGAGUGUGUUGCCACCAACAGCGCGGGCACUCGCUAUUCUGCCCCUGCCAAUUUAUAUGUCAGAGAGCUGCGAGAAGUUCGCCGUGUCCCACCACGAUUCUCUAUCCCACCCACUAAUCAUGAAAUCAUGCCAGGUGGAAGUGUUAAUAUCACCUGUGUGGCUGUGGGGUCACCAAUGCCUUAUGUGAAGUGGAUGCUGGGGGCAGAAGACCUGACACCUGAAGAUGACAUGCCAAUAGGAAGAAAUGUCCUAGAGCUUAAUGAUGUAAGACAGUCAGCAAAUUACACGUGUGUCGCCAUGUCCACGCUGGGUGUCAUUGAAGCAAUAGCACAGAUCACUGUCAAAGCCUUACCCAAACCUCCAGGAACCCCCGUUGUGACAGAGAGCACCGCUACCAGCAUCACGCUGACGUGGGACUCUGGGAACCCUGAGCCUGUCUCUUACUACAUCAUUCAGCAUAAACCUAAAAACUCUGAGGAACCUUACAAAGAAAUUGACGGGGUGGCGACCACUCGUUACAGCGUUGCUGGACUCAGCCCCUACUCAGACUAUGAAUUCAGGGUCGUUGCUGUCAAUAACAUUGGGAGGGGCCCACCCAGUGAGCCUGUGCUCACCCAGACCUCAGAGCAGGCGCCGUCCAGUGCCCCCCGGGAUGUCCAGGCACGGAUGUUGAGUUCGACCACCAUUCUAGUUCAGUGGAAGGAACCCGAAGAGCCCAAUGGCCAGAUUCAAGGAUACAGAGUCUAUUACACGAUGGACCCCACUCAGCAUGUCAGCAACUGGAUGAAGCACAAUGUCGCUGACAGCCAGAUCACCACGAUUGGCAACUUAGUGCCCCAGAAAACGUACUCUGUCAAAGUCCUGGCUUUUACCUCAAUUGGGGAUGGUCCUCUUUCAAGUGACAUACAAGUCAUCACUCAGACAGGAGUCCCAGGGCAGCCACUGAACUUCAAAGCAGAGCCUGAAUCGGAAACAAGCAUCUUGCUGUCUUGGACGCCUCCGCGUUCAGACACCAUAGCCAGCUAUGAACUGGUGUACAAAGACGGAGAGCAUGGAGAGGAGCAACGAAUUACCAUUGAACCUGGGACAUCUUACCGGCUCCAAGGGCUGAAACCAAACAGCUUGUACUACUUCCGUCUGGCCGCUCGCUCCCCUCAAGGCCUGGGUGCUUCCACAGCUGAGAUAUCAGCCCGGACCAUGCAGUCCAUGUUUGCAAAAAAUUUUCAUGUCAAAGCAGUCAUGAAGACUUCAGUGCUUCUGUCUUGGGAGAUUCCAGAGAAUUAUAAUUCUGCCAUGCCUUUCAAAAUUCUUUACGAUGAUGGGAAGAUGGUAGAAGAGGUGGAUGGCAGAGCCACACAGAAGUUAAUUGUCAACCUGAAGCCUGAGAAAUCAUACUCAUUUGUGCUGACGAACCGUGGGAACAGUGCUGGUGGGCUUCAGCACAGAGUCACCGCGAAGACUGCCCCUGACGUACUACGAACCAAGCCUGCCUUUAUUGGGAAGACCAACUUAGACGGCAUGAUUACUGUACAGCUACCAGAGGUUCCUGCAAAUGAGAACAUAAAAGGUUACUACAUAAUAAUUGUGCCUUUGAAGAAAUCGCGUGGGAAAUUUAUCAAGCCCUGGGAGAGUCCGGAUGAAAUGGAAUUAGAUGAGCUCCUCAAGGAGAUAUCUAGGAAACGCAGGAGCCUCCGCUACGGGAGAGAAGUGGAAUUAAAGCCAUACAUCGCUGCUCACUUUGAUGUGCUUCCCACGGAGUUCACGCUGGGCGAUGACAAGCAUUACGGUGGCUUCACCAACAAGCAGCUCCAGAGCGGCCAGGAGUAUGUCUUCUUCGUGCUGGCUGUCAUGGAGCACGCCGAGUCGAAGAUGUAUGCAACCAGCCCCUACUCCGACCCUGUGGUCUCCAUGGACCUGGAUCCACAGCCAAUCACCGAUGAAGAGGAAGGCUUGAUCUGGGUGGUGGGCCCUGUCCUUGCAGUGGUUUUCAUCAUCUGUAUUGUCAUUGCAAUCCUUCUUUAUAAAAGCAGUAAACCUGACAGGAAGAGGGCGGAGUCCGACUCUAGAAAGAGCAGUAUACCAAAUAGUAAGGAGGUCCCUUCCCACCACCCAACGGAUCCUGUGGAACUAAGGCGCCUUAACUUCCAAACACCAGGUAUGGCUAGCCAUCCUCCAAUACCUAUCUUGGAACUUGCAGAUCACAUUGAAAGAUUGAAAGCAAAUGACAACUUGAAGUUUUCCCAGGAAUAUGAGUCGAUUGACCCUGGCCAGCAGUUCACUUGGGAGCAUUCGAACCUGGAAGUAAACAAACCAAAGAAUAGAUAUGCAAACGUGAUCGCCUAUGAUCAUUCCCGGGUCCUCCUGUCCGCCAUUGAAGGUAUCCCAGGCAGUGACUAUGUGAAUGCCAACUACAUAGAUGGCUACAGGAAACAAAAUGCUUACAUUGCAACCCAGGGCUCGCUUCCCGAAACGUUCGGGGACUUCUGGAGAAUGAUAUGGGAGCAGCGGAGUGCCACAGUCGUCAUGAUGACAAAGCUAGAAGAAAGGUCCCGGGUGAAGUGUGACCAGUACUGGCCCAGCCGAGGCACCGAAACCCACGGGCUGGUCCAAGUCACGCUGCUCGAUACUGUGGAGCUGGCCACAUACUGCGUUCGAACAUUUGCACUUUACAAGAAUGGUUCCAGCGAGAAAAGAGAAGUGAGGCAGUUCCAGUUCACGGCAUGGCCAGAUCACGGCGUUCCAGAGCACCCGACGCCCUUCCUAGCUUUCCUGCGAAGAGUCAAAACCUGCAAUCCUCCAGACGCAGGGCCCAUGGUUGUGCAUUGCAGUGCGGGAGUUGGCCGGACCGGCUGCUUCAUUGUAAUAGAUGCCAUGCUAGAAAGAAUAAAGCAUGAAAAAACUGUAGAUAUUUAUGGCCAUGUAACUUUAAUGCGAGCCCAGAGGAAUUACAUGGUUCAAACAGAAGACCAAUACGUCUUCAUCCAUGACGCGCUGUUAGAAGCAGUGACUUGUGGAAAUACCGAAGUGCCAGCGAGAAACUUGUAUGCCUACAUUCAGAAGCUGACACAGAUAGAAGCCGGAGAGAAUGUCACGGGAAUGGAGCUGGAGUUUAAGCGUCUUGCCAGUUCUAAAGCUCACACCUCAAGAUUCAUCAGUGCCAAUCUUCCAUGUAAUAAAUUCAAAAACCGCCUUGUUAACAUUAUGCCAUAUGAAUCCACGAGGGUAUGCCUGCAGCCAAUCCGGGGAGUGGAAGGAUCCGAUUACAUCAAUGCCAGCUUUAUCGAUGGAUACAGACAACAGAAAGCUUACAUCGCUACCCAGGGGCCCUUGGCAGAGACCACGGAGGACUUCUGGCGGAUGCUCUGGGAGCACAAUUCCACCAUCGUAGUGAUGCUAACCAAGCUGCGUGAAAUGGGCAGAGAAAAAUGUCACCAGUACUGGCCAGCAGAACGGUCUGCAAGAUACCAGUACUUUGUUGUAGACCCCAUGGCUGAGUACAACAUGCCCCAGUAUAUCCUACGGGAGUUCAAAGUCACGGAUGCCAGGGAUGGCCAGUCUCGAACAGUCAGGCAGUUCCAGUUCACCGACUGGCCAGAGCAAGGGGUGCCAAAGUCUGGAGAAGGAUUUAUUGACUUCAUCGGCCAAGUCCAUAAAACGAAGGAGCAGUUUGGCCAAGAUGGACCCAUUUCAGUUCAUUGCAGUGCUGGCGUGGGAAGAACUGGAGUCUUCAUCACAUUAAGCAUCGUUUUGGAGAGAAUGAGAUACGAAGGCGUUGUAGAUAUCUUCCAAACCGUGAAAAUGUUGAGAACACAGCGACCAGCCAUGGUACAGACAGAGGAUCAGUAUCAGUUCUGCUACCGAGCCGCACUCGAGUACCUCGGCAGUUUUGAUCACUAUGCAACGUAGAAACCCCUGACCCGUUCUGGAUUUGAACUGCAGGCCCUUCAGUAUCCAUGGAGUCUCUUCUGAGCCAUAUGGGGCACUUGAGAAGUCCUUCUUAACUUCUAGCUAACCACCACUUAGUGGGACUAUUACCUACAAAACAAAUUCAAAACAAAACAAAAACUAUUUCCAGGUGGACCAAGAAUUCCCAGUUUAAUAAUCUAACCUGAAAAUAAGGACGAGAAUCCUGACUGGUGAGGCGUCUGAAGGAUUUUAUUUCCAGAUACCUCAAGGAUUCAGGACAAAGGGAAGAAGAAACCACAGCAAAGAACCACCAUCUUGUUCAGGAUUGCCGGAUAGGUGCCCGGAAUUGCCAGAAGGUUGCAGUCCAGUACAAGAUGCCUGGCUUCUCACAAGCAAGUGAACUCUGCUUCAACUUCGCCCCUUCCCGCCAUACUGCUCAUGAUAACAUUGUAGGGG